AUUGACGCAGAUGUUCAACAAAUAUGGCCGCUCGUUUGCUCGUGAAGGAUGCCGGUAGGCCGGUCGUCCGGCAGUUAUUCGGGGCUACAUCCACAAAACAUGUGAAGCAGGUUGUUCAUUUCGGAAAGUUUGAAGUGAGUCUUCAUGGUCAUCAGCAUGCCAGAGCAUUAUCAACUACUCUCAGAGUCUGUGGUACAGAUGGGAAGAUUGGAAAUGUCUCAAAUUGAAGGAAAGAAAAAGGACGCAAAACAAUCUGUUGGUUCUAACGAUAGUAAAAAGACGGAAGUUGUCACAAAGGAAGACAAGAAAGAUGUCAUAAAACCAUCUGUUGUUACUACAGAUGUGGUACCUAAAGAAAUGCCAAAGCUGACUGCAUUAGCUAGAAAAGAACUUAAUGCUGAAGAGGAAUAUUCUAAAUAUAGGGAGAAAUAUAUUCCCAUCACACGGACAUCCAUAGUACGUCACAUCUUGCAGGAAAACUUUCUAAAUGAUGAGGAGAGAAAGAUUUUUGAGGAUUUCGCUUUGUGCCUGGACAAGUCAAUCCGCAAUAAAUACUAUGGUGUGCUACAGCAAGCAAAGGAGAUGUUUGACCCCCUGAACCCUGACAAGGACACUAUCCAGACUCGGAAAUGGAACAAAGCUGAACGUGUAGAUAAUGAGUUCUGGCUGACGCAGCGUCUGGAGAAAAUCAUGGAGAAGGCUAAUUUCCACGAGCUCCCAAAGACUGUCCUUGCUAAGGCCAUGGAGGAACAUGAAGUUGGGGUCGGAGUUAGAGUAAGCCAUGACUCGACCAAGUUUGAUGUCCUUCGUAUUUGGGCACUAGGAAAGACGUUACCCAAAGAGAAACCACCUUUCUAUCUACGAGCUUGGUACUACCUGUUACCAAAUCAGGCUCCAGGGCCUAUGGAGAGUUUAUACUACAAACGUGUGGCCCUGGCCAUGAGGCUGAAGAAGGAUCAGAAACUCUUGCUCAAAGGCUUCAAAGAUGUGCCCAAAAACUCUCUAGAAAUGCUGAUGCCUGAUGUUAAGAUAAGAAUGACAAAACUUGAUAAGUUAUGGCUUGGAGGAUCUGUCACCACAUUUGCCAUAAGUCUGAUGAUGAAAGCGUCGCCAUUUAUGUCUGGUCUACAGAACUGGACACUAGGAUUGACCGGCGUCACAUUAGCGGUGGGUGGGACAAUGUAUUUCAGGUAUCAGAACCGUCGUAAUGCCUACCUGGCAGAACUCUUCCAGAUGUUGUACACUAAUAACAUUGCAAAUAAUCGAGGCCUCCUGACGCUAGUUGUUGACCGAGCUGAGGACGAGAGCUUCAAAGAAGCCCUGCUUGUGUAUUCCUUUCUCCUAGCCAACCGUUCAGCUGCAGUGAAGAAUAAAUCCAUGGCUGACAUGGCCCCAGAAGAACUGGGAGGACUGACUGAGGCUGAACUGAAGAGAAAGAUAGAGGAAUGGAUUACUAGUAAAACUGAGGUGAAUGCUGAAUUUGACUCCCAGGAAGCUUUGUCGCUGCUCAAGAACUACGGGAUCGUCAAACAGUCGGGAAAUAAAAUUCAUGUUGUUUCCUUGGCAGCAGCCCUCCGCUGCAUGCCUCAGCGCCCGGACACUCUACUUAUGCGAGAAUUAGAGUCUGACCGUGUGGAAGACCACGAUGAUGAGAAAUUUACGUGAUGUUGUGUUGGUGGUAUAAGGUUAUUUAUAUAGGAAUGACAAGUUGUGAGAGUAUCUUUUGUUGUUUUCAAAUAACCUUGAUUUACCAUUAGGUAAUGUGAUAUUAAUAACCACUUUCAUAGAGAAAUUUCUGUUUUGCUUAUGGAACAUUUGGCAAUAAGUGACACACAGUUAAUUUGUUACCCAUUACUACAAGAAAAUAGAUAAAACAUGAUAACAUAUGUCAAACAUUAUCAGUAGAUAGUAGUAGAUAACAAAUUCAUAUAUAUGUAUACAGUUUGUAUGUUUGUACAUGUGUUUAUUGUGACAUCUACCUUUUAUGAAAUUCUGCUUUAAACAAAUUCUGCUGGAAUUUUUAUAGUGUAAUAUAUAAACAGUUAGGAAUUUGAAUUUAACAUGUUUUAUCAUUAAAACAAAUUUGUUUAUUCUGAUUUACUAUUCACAUACAAUAUUAUACCUUAUUUUGAGUAUGAUCUCCUUUCAAUCUAAUCAAACUUCAAUCAUGUUUUGUAUGUUUCGUUUGAGUCGACCUGGAUGAUAUGCUGUGCAGUUGUGCCAAAACAAAUAGUUUUAUUAUGGUGAUAUUUUUGGACUAAGUGUAUGAUGUCUGCUGAGUUUGUUGAAUGUUACACACAAACUUUAUUUGACUUCUGACAAUAUUACCUUAUAUCCAAAGUUGUGUUGGUUGUUAGACAUAUGACAAAUCAGUUUUAAGGUUAAUUAAAAUACCUUUGAAAUUUUAUUAAAAUUCAAAACCCUGGUCCUGCACUGUUAACAUACACUUUAUAAGUAUGUAAGAUAUAGUUACCUAAAAUAGAAUUGUUUUACCUGAAUAGGUACGUAAAAUGUAACCUAUAACUACAUGUCUGUGAACAUCCUGUGGUACAGAAACCACACGUGGACACAAAUACAGAUACUUUAUAACAGUCUCGCAUUUGGUAUUUACAUUAAAACUUUGUUAUACAUGUAAAAUCAUUUAAAAUUUCAUCACGAAAGCCACUCUAAAAGAGUUAGGAGAGACUUGAGAUUUAACAUGAUUAUGCUAUGUAACACUAAUAAUUUUGUUUACAUCAGGUUAAAAAUAUCAUCAGUCUCCAGAGAGUAAAACAUUUCAACAGUAAAUUCAAUUCCUUGAAUGGUCUAAAAUAUCAAGAGGUGAAUUGUUAUGUAAUGUUUGAAGUGCCUAAAGCAGAUUUUUUGGGGGGGAAUCGCAGAAUAUACACUCAUAAUUCAUUGCUUCAUGAAAUAUUCACUAUACAGGAGAAAGAUCAAGGUUAAAAGCGAAAUGUAGAUACACGUAUUGGGUAUAUAUAUAAAAAAACGUUAUCAGAGGGCAAGUUGUCUCCUAAAAGCUAUGAAGGGUAUACUGAUGAGAGAUGAUUAAUGAAUUCAUGCACUCUUCAUACGUUUUCUUUAAUAUGUGUCAAACUUAUGUAUGUUGGGGGUAAAGAAAUUGGUCCUAAAAUGGACUGGAUAAAAUAUACCAUAUUGAAAAUAAUAGUUGUCAUUAUAGUGACUUGUUUAUUUUCAAUUGUUUUAUGCAAGAAGUAGUACUGUAAAAAAGUUCCAUGGACCCAUGGCUGUUUAUCACACUCCAUAUUGACAGACCUAGUGAUUCUAUGUUGCCUUUGGAUAAAACAACAAAGACUUUCAAGGACUUUUUCAACAUCUGCAUGUCCAUCAAGAUAUAUACCUUGGGUCCGUCAAGAUAUAUACCUGAAAUGUUACACAAGAAAAUUGACAAGCCGAUUUGACAGGCCAAAAGUGCUAAGGAAGGGAGAUAACUUUGAAAGAAGGUGAACGUUUUGUAUAUUUCACACUUUGACUCAUCUGAUAGCAUGUUUAAGUGACAAAACUUUGUGAUAAACUACAGAAGCAUUUACUGACAUAGCCUUUUGAGGAACUAUACAAUGAUACUGGUGAAUUGUAGUAUGUUUUUAUCAUUUAUUGCAGCAUUUGAUCUUUGCUCUUGGAAUUGAUGAGAGUGUAAAAAAAUAAUAAAAUCAAUCAUUUUGAAA